AUGGGUGACGAAAUGUUUCUUUGCAUGGCAUCAUGUCAUAGUUUUACUAACAGUGGUGCACUUGUUGGUAAUGAUUCUUACGAUUUAGAAUGUAUAAAUCAAUGUUCGGAACGUCAUACAACAUUAUAUCUUAAUACAGCAGAAAAAUACGCACAAAUCUUACAAAUUAUUGCUGUAGUUCUAAUUACUUUUGGUUUAAUUGGAAAGUUUUUUAACUGUAUUAUAUUUCUUCGGAAACCGCUUCGUGGUACAUCCACUGGUUUACUGCUUCUAUUAAAAACCAUAUUUGACGCAGUACCACUCCUAUGGACAUUUAUUUUCGAUACGAAAUUUUUUCUUCAAGACGAACAAAUCAAUGGAUCUCGUUUACUAUGCGUUCUAUCGCGUAGUACUGAUAUAUUUGUAUCCUGGUCAAUAGGUUUCGUUAUUCUCGCUUGUACAGUACGACUUGUUACCAUAGUACAUGGAAAAUAUUUACCACAACCAACACGUCUUCACGUAUUCGUACUCAUUCUAUUGAUGAUGGUCUGUGGCCUAAUUUAUAAUUGGCACAUUUUUUAUUAUCCAAAUUUAGUAAAAUCAACAUUUGUUGAUAAUAACAAUCGUUCAUUUACAUAUUGUAAUGUACUAUUCGGUCGACAAAUGGGCUAUUUUUCCUUUAGUGGCUUUCAAGUAACUCAAGAAUUAUUUUAUAAUGGUCCAAUAAUUAAUUUUAUCGUUUCAUCAAUAAUCCCAUUUACGAUUGUUGCAUCAACAAAUGUCGUUAUUAUUGUUUAUGUUUUAAAAGUACCAGCGAAACGCACGUCAAGACUAAAUUUACAUCAUAAUGGUAAUUUAUCACGCCAAGACCUUCCUCGUUCGGAUUCAUCACGUUCAUCCAUAAGACAUAUGGCAAAUCAAUUAACAAAAAAAGAUGUUAGUUACGAAACAACAAUAACAUUAACAACAAGUUUUGUAUUUUUAACAACGAAUAGUAUCGCAAGUAUUUAUGUUUAUGUUAAAUCAAGUUAUCGUUCAAAUCAAGCUCGUGUAACAGAAGAUUUAAAAGCAUCAAAUGUUUAUCUUAUUUUACGUAUGUUAGCAUUAAUUGAUACAGUUUUUGAAUUUUACAUUUAUUUUAUAACCGGAAAAAAAUUUCGCCAAGAAGUUUUUCGUGUUAUUGUGGAAAUUCUUCAACAUACGCCAUUGAAACAUUAUUUUAAAUUUACAUGCUUACCUUCGACAACUCGUACGGCAACUCUAACUAAUAAUAAUAAUAAUCAUAAUCAUAAUCAUAAUCAUACUGAUGAAAAAAUGACAAAGACAGCUGACAGCUGUUCUGAUUUAUUGGAACAACGGAAAAUAAUAAAUUUGAGAUAUUACGACGUAAACGAAACGCUUGAUAGAAUAGAAAGUACUGUAUAA